GGUUGCGGGAAGGGUGACCCAGGGCUCUAAACCCCGUGUCCCAGGACUUCAAGCCUGGUUCCUGAAUCCGAGGGAGGCAAUGUCCUCCGACCUACGGUCCACGAGAAGUCAUUGAUACUAGCGCACUACUCUCGUGGCGGAGCGUAAAAUGCAAAUUAGCAGCAUGUAACUUCUAGUGACAUUGUAUAAAUGUUAGUUGUAAAACUUUAAAUAUGGGUAAACCUAAAGUCCCCUUGACACCUUCCGCCUCUCCCACCCCACUUCUGCCCCCUUACUUGAAGGAAAAAUUAGCAUUUUUGAAAAAGGAAUACAGCAAGACACUUGCUCGUCUUAAGCGUGCCAAAAGAGCUGAGAAGGUUAAGAACUCUAAGAAAGCAAUAGAAGAUUGUGUGUCCCAUCAGGAAACCUCCCCACAGCUAAGCCGCUCUGAACCUAUAAAUGAAGGCUCUCCUUGUGACACGGUACAAAUCAACCAUCUUGAUAAGGAAACUGGAGAAAACAUCUCUGUGAUACUUGAUGUUGAACCUCAGCCCUUUAACCAUAAAAAUGACCAAGAAGUACUAUAUACACAAAGAGCAGGCGACAUCCAAGAACAAUUUCCAUAUGUCAUCAACAGCCCUGAUGGUAAAAAAGGGCAGGAUACACUGCCAGGGAGAGCAAAGAAGCGGUGGAAGAAAACAUCUGUUUCACAGGAGAAAGAGGAUCUGUUUGACAUUAAUUCUCUCAUGCUCCCUGACAAGCAAGGAAAGACACAGGAAGCAAUCAGUAGCAAGAGUCCUAGGUCCCCAAUAACUGAAAAGAUUUGCCUUUUAAAUCUGAAGUCUAAAACUCCUGACCCUCCAGCCCUUGAUACAGAAAUUGAUGGAGAGCGUUUAUUAGUUCCAUUAUCUGGCAAAUCAGAAAGGGAUAUUGAUAUACCUUUAAAGGGAAACAAUGUCUCCAUGGAGACUACAGUUCCUUCAUGGGCUAUGUCAGACAACAAUCAUAGUCAACACCUUGAGCAUACACCUCCUAACAGUGACUGCAAAAUUCCUACUCAGAGCCCAGCUUCAUCCAUAAACCUGGAGGCACAAGGCAGAAAAAUUACUAUAUUUACAGAUAACCCAGUAGUAAAUAAAGCUGUGAGUGCCAGUGAUCAGCUCCCAGGAAGUCCUAUUUCAGAGGCAAGUAAUUCAUGUUCUGUAAGUGAUCUUACUCACAGUAACUUGCCAGCAAAUACUACCCAAAACUUUAAAUCUUUAAAAUCUCCUGGUAACAUUGUUGAUGAAAGAAACGAGACUCUUCAAGCAGAUGAAAUUCUAGGUUCAUCUAAGAGCUUCAGCCCAGUAGCAGUCUCUCCUCCUGCCACAGAAAGUCAAAUACAUUCUUGUACAAUGCUUGAAGGCCUUCCGUUUCCUGCAGAAUACUACGUUAGAAUUACCCGUCAUAUGUCAGACUAUCAGAGAAAAAUAGCUCUGGAAGCUGUAAUUCAAAGUCACUUGGGUGUCAAGAAGAAAGGGCUUAAAAAUAAAAGGAAAGCAACUAAGAAUGUAGUCCUCUCCAGUGAAGAAACAGACCAAAGUGAAAGUAGUAUGUUGGACACAUGCACAGGACAGUCCAGUUCAGGAAGUCCUUCUCAGGAACUAAUCUCAUCAGCUGAGGUCAGCUCUCCCACAACACCUGCUGAAGCUGACAGCCAUCCUGGUAGAAGACACAGAGGAAAACAAAAAUCAGUCCGAGUCUCCACACUGGAUCGUCAGCUGCUUUUCCCUCCUUACAGCACAUUGGGUAUAAACAUGUCCAAGGGCAAAUUCACCAAGCAUAAGUGUCAGGAUGGAAAAGUGGUUAUUCAUGACUUCGAGUUACCUGAUGAAGACUUUGGGCCUCUUAAGCUUAAAAAGUUGAAGUCCUACUCAGAAAAGCUGAUUGAGCCUCCUAACUUAAAAAACUAUGGAGAGAGGCUUCCUUGGGAAAGAAAUCAUGCCACUCUGGAGGAACUGCAAAUAGAUUCAGAAAUGGAGGACUUGAAAGAGGAACUCCCUGCUCCAUCAAGAGAGGAACAGCAUCCAGGGCCAACCCUGAAAAGGAAGCCUACCAGCAAGGGCCUUUCUUCAUCCGUGCUGCUUUUCACUCCUACAGAUACGGCUGCACCUAACUACAGUGGCAGAUCUACUGCCUACCUGUGUUCACCUGCUUUCCCUGUCUUAGGCGUGACUCCAGCUUUUGCCUCCCAAGCAACCAGUGAGAAUGUAGCCACUGAAAUUAGGCAGACUUGCUCUACAUCCCAGCCUUCUCACUUGGGAGACACAAGCAGACUUGCUAAUAACAAACAAUGCAACAGUUCAGCCAGCUCACCAAAACUGGAUACCAACCUGCAUGUGUCAGGUAGGCAAGGACAACCUGCCUGUGACAGUGACUCUGGCCCCCAAGCAACACCUCUACCCAUUGAGUCAUUCACUUUCAGAGAAAAUCAGCUCUGUGGAAAUGCAUGCCUCAAGUUACAUGAAUAUUCCACUGAACAGACUGAAAUCACAGACCUCCCUGCUUGUGACAGCUGGAACCCCGGCAGCCUACACUUGGUCUCAAAGUUCAAGAACCCUUCUAGUUCCUGUUCUGUGGAUGUGAGUGCCGUGUGGUGGGAAAGAGCUGGUGUUAAGGAACCAUGUAUCAUAACUGCUUGUGAAGAUGUAGUUUCUCUUUGGAAGCCCUUGGAUACUUUGCAGUGGGAAAAAGUUCAUACCUGGCAAUUCACAGAGGUUCCAGUGUUACAAAUAGUUCCGGUGCCUGAUGUUUAUAAUCUCAUAUGUGUGGCUUUGGGAAAUUUGGAAAUCAGAGAAAUCAGGGCAUUGCUGUGCUCCUCUGGUGAUGAAAGUGAAAAGCAAGUACUACUGAAAUCUGGAAAUAUAAAAGCUGUGCUUGGCUUGACAAAGAGAAGACUAGUUAGUAGCAUUGGAACCUUUUGCAAUCAACAAAUACAAAUCAUGACAUUUGCUGAAGAUGGAGGUAGCAAAGAUGAACAGCUUUUGAUGCCCCCUGAUGAGACUAUAUUGACUUUUGCUGAAGUCCAGGGGAUGCAGGAUGCUCUGCUUGGUACCACCACUGUGAACAACAUUGUGAUCUGGAAUUUAAAGACUGGCCAACUCCUGAAAAAGGUGCACAUUGAUGACUCUUACCAAGCUUCGAUCUGUCACAGAGCCUAUUCUGAGAUGGGGCUCCUGUUUGUUGUUCUGAGUCAUCCUUGUGCCAAAGAGAGCCAGGCCUUUGGAAGCCCCAUGUUUCAGCUUCUGGUGAUUAACCCUAAGACAGCUCAGAGUGUGCGUGUUCUGCUAUGCUGUCUUCCUCAAGGGCAGGCUGGAAGGCAGAAGAGGACAUAAGAUCUCCUAGAACUGGAGUUACAUCUGUUGACAAUGAUGGGACACAGGGAAAGCCCCUAAUUCCUGAAUCCUGAUUGGUGAAAAAUGUAACUGGAACUUGGAACAAAUGUAUUUAUGGUUUUGUGCUGAUAAACCCGCUUCAGCCCCUGUCCGGGGCUGCCAGGAGAAACAAGGCUCCUGCCCGAGUCCUUGUCCUGCAGCCCUGAUCAAUCAGUAACCUGAUUAUGUGGUGAUUUAUUAAAGACUUUGGAACCCGUUAAGUGUUGUCUCUCUCCUUCCUUGUGGCUCACAAGAGACUGGGUAUAACAAGCCAUCUCUCCACUUCCCCAAAUUUGGGAUUGGGGGGGUUGUUUGUUUUUUAUUUUUUUAAUGUAAGUAUGUGGGCCUGCAUUUGUUUCUGAACCUGGUAUAUACAAUGCCCACAGAGGCCAGAAGAUGUCAGAUUGUAACUGGAGUUACAAUGGUUGUGAGCUACCAUGUGGGUGCUGGGAAUCAAACUAUAAUCCUCUGGAAGAACAGCCCAACCAAUUCUUUUAACUUCAGAGUCAGCUGUCCAGCCUCUGCACUCCGCCAAAGCUUUUGUUUUUUUGUCGUUUUGUUUUUUGUUUGUCUGUUUGUUUUUGAGACAGGGUUUUUCUGUGUAGUCUAAGCUGUCCUGGAACUCACUCUGUAGAUCAGGCUGGCCUCAAACUCACAGAAAUCUGCCCGCCACCACCUCACAGCUUCCCGGAAAAAGCUUUUUAAUCAAACUGUUUUACUUAUCCUCAUAACAAUGCUAUGAAGUAAAUGUCUCACCAUCCCCAUCUAUUAAUGAGGUUAAUUUGCUCGGGGUCACACAACACUUAGUUGUCUUUAGAAUUUAAGCUUAGGAGUAUAAUACAGAGCCCCUUUUUGUUUGUUUGUUUAUUAUUUUUUUAGUAAGUAUGAGUAUGGAGGAUAGAGGACAACUUGUGGGAAUCAGUUCUCUCCUUUCACCAUAUGGGUUC